CAGGCUGUGCUCUGUGUGUGUGGCUCUGAGAAGACACAGGGUUCCUGACGCCUGACCUGGCACAGGCAGCUGACCCUGCACCCUUCGAAGCUUCUGAGGCUAAGAAGGCAGAGGCGGGAGGCAGGGGCCUCCUUGGAAAGGGAGGGGUUCAGCAAGGCGUGCUCAGCCUGUGCCCACCCCGGUGGAGUUCCUGGCCUCCGGGGAGGGGGCAGCCCACUGAGCCUGUGCCCAUCCCGGCAAAGGUCCUGGCCUCCUGGGAGGGCAGGGGACUGGGCUCCUAAGGCUCUUUGUCAGAGCUCAGCAGACAAAGGCAGUGCCCUGGUGGUGAGCCAGAGGACAAGUUGGAAGAGGAAGGUUCCAGUCCUGCCCCAAGGACAGAAGUUUCCUUUGUGGGAGGGCAGCUGCCCCAGCAGGUCCCUUACAUAGCUGUUCUGCGUAAACAGCAGGGACACGCCCACCCUGGCUGCUCCUACAGGCCUGAAGGUGGGGGCAAAGGGAUUACAGGCAGUUUCCGCUUACAGCCACCUUGACUGUUUCUGAGCUAAAGAGCAACACUCUCAGAAGGGGAGCGACUGGAAGGCGUCUGAGCAGUUCGACAGAAGUGUACAGAGGCUUCUGGCAACACGGAUCGCCGUCUACCUGAUGACCUUUCUCAUCGUAACAGUGGCCUGGGCGGCACACACAAGGUUGUUCCAGGUUGUUGGGAAAAUAGACGACACACUUGCCCUGCUCAACCUGGCCUGCAUGAUGACCAUCACCUUCCUGCCUUAUACGUUUUCCUUAAUGGUGACAUUCCCUGAUGUGCCCCUGGGCAUCUUUGUGUUCUGUGUGUGUGUGAUCGCCAUCGGGAUCGUGCAGGCACUGAUUGUGGGGUACGCAUUCCACUUCCCGCACCUGCUGAGCCCACAGAUCCAGCACUCUGCCCAUAGGACCCUGUACCGAAGACACAUCCUGGGCAUCGUCCUCCGAGGCCCAGCCCUCUGCCUCGUGGCAGCCAUCUUCUCCCUCUUCUUUGUCCCCUUGUCUUACCUGCUGAUGGCAACCGUCAUCCUCCUCCCCUACGUCAGCAAGGCCGCCAGCUGGUGCCGAGACAGGCUCCUGGGCCACAGGGAGCCCUCGGCUCACCCAGUGGAAGUCUUCACAUUUGACCUUCAUGAGCCGCUCAGCAAGGAGCGGGUGGAAGCCUUCAGUGACGGCGUCUACGCCAUCGUGGCCACCCUUCUCAUCCUGGAUAUCUGCGAGGACAACGUGCCAGACCCCAAGGACGUGAAGGAGAGGUUCGGCGGCAGCCUCGUGGCUGCGCUGAGCGUGUUCGGGCCGCGCUUCCUGGCAUACUUUGGUUCCUUCGCCACUGUGGCAUUGCUGUGGUUCGCCCACCACUCGCUCUUCCUGCACGUGCGCAAGGCCACGCAGGCCAUGGGGCUGCUCAACACGUUCUCGCUGGCCUUCGUGGGUGGCCUCCCACUGGCCUACCAGCAGACCUCGGCCUUCGCCCGGCAGCCCCGCGAUGAGCUGGAGCGCGUCCGCGUCAGCUGCGCCAUCAUCUUCCUGGCCAGCAUCUUCCAGCUCGCCAUCUGGACCACGGCGCUGCUGCACCAGGCAGAGACGCUGCAGCCCUCGGUGUGGUUCGGCGGCCAGGAGCACGUGCUCAUGUUUGCCAAGCUGGCCCUGUACCCCUGCGCCAGCCUGCUGGCCUUCGCCUCCACCUGCCUGCUGAGCAGGUUCAGCGCAGGCAUCUUCCAUCUCACACAGAUCGCCGUGCCCUGCGCCUUCCUGCUGCUGCGCCUGCUCGUGGGCCUGGCCCUGACCAGCCUGCGGUUCCUGCGGGGCCUAGCCUGGCCCCGACGUUCCCCACCGGCCCCCACGGGCCAGGACGACCCACAGGCCCAGCUCCUCCCUUCCCCCUGCUAACAGCCACAGGGCCCACUCCCAGCCACCACCAGAUAUGGACCCAGGACAGGACGCUGGGUGGGGGAAGCUGAGUUACGGGCAGGCCUCAGUGGUUCUCCUGUGGCCUGGUUUUAUUUUCACUGUGAAAUAUGUUCUAUCUCAGUC